GAUCGAGUUGCUUUUUUUUAUAUCGAAAUAUGACUUCAGAAAACUUUUCCGUAUAAUGGUGACAUUUAGCGCAAGAUGGGACAUUACUACUCCAUUACUCGAUCAUCUAUAUAUAUAUUUAGAGCAACCCAAUUUGCCAUUCAUUAAUUUGUUCAUGUCCAUUACCCAAAACAAAUACUAAUCAUCAACAAUUAAAAUGGCAAGCUGUCAUAUUGUGUUAUUCCCUUUCACAGCUUACGGCCACACGAUUCCUAUGGCGGACAUGGCGGUUCUCUUCGCCUCCCGUGGCCUACAAACCACCAUCAUCGUCACCCCAUCCACCGCUCAUCGCUUCUCCAAAUCUGUCCACAAAACCAUCAACUGCCGUCACCAAAUCACUCUCCAUAUCAUCGACUACUGCAAAGACAUGAUGGAAGAACAUGCUUCACAACCUGCAGGACCCGAUGUGUCUAACGAAAACAUAUCAGCUUUCUUUGAAUCCAUUUCAAUGCUUCAACAACCAUUUGAGAACUUCAUUCAAGAAUCCCAACCAAAUUGUAUCAUUUCCGACAUGUUCUAUCCAUGGACUACUAAAAUCGCAGCCAAAUAUAACAUCCCUAGAAUUGUUUUCAACGGAAGCGGAUACUUUUCGUUAUGUGUAACCGACUCCAUUCGACUUCAUCAUCACUACGAUCCUUCCAAAUCCGUUUCAGAACAACGGUUUUUAGUCCCUCACCUUCCACAUGAGAUCAUGCUAUCAAAAAAACAACUACCUCAUUUAGAAGGAGAACAUUUUAGAGAAUUUUUAAAGGUAUUGAUUCAAGCUAUGGAAGCAGAAGUGGUUAGUUAUGGAGUGAUUAUGAACAGCUUUUACGAGCUAGAACCCGAUUACGUUCGUCAUUAUCGUCAAGUCAUGAAGAGACGUACAUGGCAUGUUGGCCCGGUGUCGUUAUGUGGCAAUAGUUAUACUAGUUUUGAAAGAGGGAUGAAAGCAGAUAUUGAUGAGCAUGAAUGUUUGAAAUGGUUGAAGUCAAAGACACGUGAUUCGGUUGUUUACGUUUGUUUUGGAACGAUGGUGACAGUUUCGACCUCUCAGCUUCACGAGAUCGCUACGGGGCUCGAAGCAUGCAAUCAAGAUUUCAUUUGGGUUAUAAAUAAGAAGGAUCAACAAAUUACGUUGAUACUCGAAGAAUUUGAGGCGAGAAUGAAAGCCAAAGAAAAGGGGUUGGUAAUAAAAGGUUGGGCACCGCAAAAGUUGAUUCUUGACCAUGAAUCCGUAGGAGGGUUCGUGACGCAUUGUGGGUGGAACUCGGUGCUAGAAGGUGUUUGUGCUGGGGUGGCAAUGGUGGCAUGGCCUGUCAUGGCGGAGCAAUUCUAUAACGCGAAACUAGUGACAGAUGUGUUGAAAAUUGGGGUUUCGAUUAGUGAUGAUUUGGAGUGGAGUGCGGCUUCAAGAUGUGAAGGCGUGACAAGAGACGCGAUCGAGAAAGCUCUGGCGAUGGUAAUGGUGGCGGAUGGAGGCGAAGAUAUGAGAAUUCGAGCUCGGGUGCUCAAAGAGAAGGCGAAAUCAGCUGUUCAAGAAGGGGGGUCAUCAUACUCGAGUUUAACUGGUUUCAUAGAAGAAAUAAUGAAAGCAUGCGAAUAAACAAGUGCAAAAUUAAGCAUUUUACUCUAAACAAAGGUCUACAAUUUCAUCUUUACUUCUUUCAUGUCGAAAGUGUUUUCCUGGAAACAACUUCUUUAGAAGAUAGAAGUUUAGUUGUUUACGAUUCAUUUCUCCAUAAACACGGUAUUGGGUCCCAUAUACACUGGCGUAACCAGACACAAAAAUGACCGGUAGCACAAUUUUUUUCCCACUAGUUUUGUAUCGGCAUAAAGUAACGAUAAUAAUGGUAACGACUAAAUUGUUACAACUUUUAGCGUUUUUUAAUGAUUUUUGGCUAUUUAUAAUGGAUUUUUAAGUUUUUUUUGGCA